GAAAUGUAAUGUAAAUGUGAUAAUAAAUAACUUAUCCGCAACAAUAAAGUGAAGAGAAUUUGGAAUUGCAAAUUACAACUGUUAUUUGAAGUCUCUAAUAUAUGCUUAUUUAACCAUUCCACUCUAUGAAACGGCAUUGAUAAAAACGACGCGGAAAUCUCGAAUAUUCUGAAUAAUCAAUUUACUCACGUAUUUCGACGAUUAUUCAGAUACGUAACACAGUUAUACAAGUUUGAAUUGUGAUUCAACAUGGUUUGUGUGCCUUGCUUCAUUAUCCCCGUGCUGCUGUUCAUCUGGCACAGAUUUAUUCAGCCAUAUGUGCUGCGAUUCUGGAAUCCUUGGGCAGUAAAGGACGCGGACGGGAACGUAGUCAAGACGGAAACGCCCUUCAGUUGUGAAGGAGGAGUUUGUAUGUUCGGAAAGAAGAAGUUAGAGAACAAAGCAGAUGAAGACAAGAACAAUGAAAUAUCAAAAGAGGAGAAAGAAAAAUGCAAUGAGCGACUAAAAGCAGAAUAGUUUGUUGAUGUUUGAUUUCCAUUGUUUCACAAGUUAUGUAUUGUUAGAGCAAAUGCAUUUAGCCAUUUACCACGUAAAUUUACAUACUGUAGACUUGUUUUUGUAACAUUAUGUGAUUCCAUGUUAUUUAAUUCAAUUUUAUUCAUGUUAAGGAAAUAAAAAGUUUAAGUUAUCUAAUAUUGGACAUGUCAGCUAGAUUAAUUUGAAUGUUAAUUAAUUGCACUUUGCUGCAGGAAGUAUUUCUGUAUAUUUUGUUGUAAAGAAGGUGGACAAGUUUUUUUACACACAAAGUCAAAAUUAAAUAGGAUAGUCAAAUGUUUUUUGUUUAACUUCCGUAAUUUUUCAAGAGUUGUCCUCUACAUACUAACCCUUCAAGUGGCAUAUGUCAUUGUCAGAAUAGUAAAGUACAACCUUUGUUUCUGUGUUGAUAUUUGAUAGAUCUGUUGGGGGAAGGAAGGUCAUUUUAGAGAAGAUACAUAUUCAUUACAUGAACCAAUUUGGAUGCAUUCAAUAAAUGAACACGAUUUUUCUGCUAUCUGUUGUGAAAUAAAACAAAGGUAAUGGAA